CCGUUAACACUCGCAACCGCAAGAAGAUGUUCCGAAGCAGUGCCGCUCAUCUGCGAAAGAUCCUCCAGGGAACGACCGGCCUCUCCGCAACCCGGUUCACACCUGCACGCCUUUCCCACGGAGGCUGCGGUGAAAGUGACGCCGAGUUCGACGCUCGCUUCGAGGCCUAUUUCAACCGGCCGGAUAUCGACCACUGGGAGGCACGAAAGGCGAUGAACGAUCUGCUCGGCAUGGAUUUGGUACCGGAACCGAAGAUAAUUGUUGCCGCUCUGAAGGCGUGCCGUCGUUUGAACGAUUACGCUCUGGCUAUUCGAUUUCUGGAAGGAGUCAAGAACCAGUGCGGUUCCAACGAGAAGGAAAUCUAUCCGUAUCUGUUGCAGGAAAUCAAAGCCACGCUUUGCGAUUUGGGAAUUGACACGCCGGAAGAGUUGGGAUACGACAAGCCGGAACUGGCGAUGAAAACUAUUUAUGAUCUGGAGAAGUAGUUGAUAUGUAAUUUAUUAUUGGCGAUAUAAAAUAAAGGAUUUC